AUGCCAGGCUCAGUGAGCAAAGACAUUUCCGUGGCUGCCUCUAGCUCUCAGACGUCGGGUGGUGAAGAUGGGGCCUUGAAAAAGCUCGACACCAUCCACGGCGAUGAAGCUAUCAAAGUUCUCGCUGCAUAUGACGGCGAGCAGGAGUGGGCUCCAGAGGAAGAGAAAAAGCUGCGUAGAAAGAUCGAUAGAAGGCUGCUGCCUAUCUUGUGUAUAACCUAUGCAUUUCUUUACGCCGACAAGGUUUUGCUUGGACAAGCUGCUCUUUUUGGAAUGAAGGAGGAUCUGGGUUUGAAUAUUGGAAAUCGUUUCUCCCUCGCGAGUUCCCUCUUCUACAUCGGCUUUAUACUAGGGGUUUACCCUGUUAUUCUGCUGGCCCAAAGAUUCCCCAUUGAGCGCGUUGCUUCUCUGGCCAUCAUAGUUUGGGGGAUCACCUUAACCCUCACCGCGGCUUGCACUGGCUACCGAGGACUCUAUGCGCAGAGGUUCUUCCUUGGCUUCACCGAAGCUGGCAUCAGCCCGAUGUUCAUGAUGAUCGUCGGUGGAUGGUACAAAAAGGAUGAACAAUCUUUGCGAAUGGGUGCCUGGUAUUCAUGCACAGGUUACGUGUCCAUCUUCUCGCCCCUGGUAAACUACGGCCUUGGACACAUUAAGGGAAGACUUUCGCCAUGGUACUAUAUGUACUUUUUUGCUGGAGCCCUCACUAUAAUCUGCGGUGCCGUGAUUUACUUUGUCUUGCCACCCGACCCUGUUCGAGCCAAGGGCUUCAACGAGAGGGAGCGCUUCAUUGCAGUAUCCCGUUUGAGAACGAACAACUCUGGAGUGCGAAAUACGCAUUUCAAACUUGGCCAGAGCAUUGAGCUUUUGACAGAUAUCAAAUUCUGGCUUAUGUUUUUCUUUGCUUUCGCCGGUAUGUUCGCAAAUGCGCCAAUUUCGACGUUCCAGCCUGUCAUUAUCGAUGGUUUUGGCUUUAAUGCGCUCGACUCUUUACUCCUCAUGAUGCCUACUGGCUUUUAUGCUGGUACCAUGAUGCUAAUCACGACUUACCUGGCUUACAAAUUUCCUGGCUGGCGGGCAUAUAUUAUCAUUAUUUGCCAGUUGGUCACGACAUUUUCCAGUCUCCUUCUCUGGCUUCUACCUCGGUCAGCGCUUGGAGGACUCCUUUUUGCCUGUUAUACUCUUCCAACCACUGGUGCCGCGUACGCUGUGUCAAUGGGUCUUUUCCUUGCUAACAACGCCGGCUAUACCAAACGAUCUCUUGCCUCCUCAGGACUGUACAUUGGCUACUCCCUUGGAAAUUUCGCAGGACCCCAGGUUUUCCGAGAGCAGGACGCGCCUCGCUAUAACUUGGGAUUUAUCGUGGUGGUUAUCACUGCGCUUGUGGCAGCGGCAUUUAUUUUGAUAUACCGUGUCCUCUGCGGAUUGGAGAAUCGUCGCCGCGACAGGAUGGGAACCACAGAGGCCUUUGAACACGCAUAUGAGGAUGACUUGACAGACAAGAUGAAUAUGCAAUUCCGAUAUGCUUUGUGA